AUGCAGAUUGCUUCUACAAAACAUUGGUGAAAGAACUGUGCAAUAAGUCCAUCCGUGACAUUUCCCCUGACUACUAAAUAUUCCACGCUCAAUGUUAGUGGGAUUAUAACAAAGUGGAAGCAACUGGGAACAACAGCCACUCAGCCACCAAGUGGUAGGCCACGUCACAUGACAGAGCGGGGUCAGCACAUGCUGAAGCGCACAGUGCAUAGGAGUCGCCAACUGUCUGCAGAGUCAAUGGCUAAACACCUCCAAACUUGGUGUGGCCUCCAGAUUAGCACAACAACAGUGUGUAGAGAGCUUCAUGCAAUGGGUUUCCAUGGCCGAGUAGCUGCAUCUAAGUCUUACAUCACCAAGUGCAAUGCAAAGCGUCGGAUGCCGUGGUAUAAAGCAAGCCGCCACUGGACUCUA